UUGCAGGUGAACUUAUUCUACCUCCAAAUGGCUGGAAUUGUUUUCGGUUACAACAGUGUUGUGCCUGCAGACAAAAUAUUAACAGUCAGAGAUAUUUAUGUGGAUCAAUUUUAGUUGGGAUUUUGGAGAUUUAGAGUCUGCAAUGAAGAACGAGACAAACAAAGUUCUGAAGGGCAACAGUCACUGUUCCGCACUGAUCAAACUGCUGAGGUCAAAGUCUGAUAUUCUGGUGGCACAUAACACAUGGACUGGGUACGAGACUAUGAGAAGGAUAAUGAAGCGUUAUUAUCUGCCGUACAAGAAUGUGAGUGGAACUGCAGUGAGUUUCUCAGGUUAUCCCGGAGCCCUAGUGUCUGGUGAUGAUUUCUACAUUGUCAACUCCGGUCUGGUGGUGCAGGAGACAACCAAUGAGAACAACAAUGCCUCACUCUGGGCCUACGUUCGUCCAACGGGGCAGGUGCUGGAGGUGAUCCGUGUAACAGUAGCCAACCGUCUGGCCGGUGGCGGCCGCAGCUGGACCAAGAUAUUCUCCCAGUACAACAGUGGCACUUACAACAACCAGUGGAUGGUGGUGGACAUGAAUAAGUUCUCGCCUGGAUCAGUGAAGCCAGAGCUGCUGUGGAUUCUGGAACAGAUGCCAGGGUACAUCCGAGCAGAAGAUCAGACUGAUGUCUUAACUACUCAGAGUUACUGGGCCAGCUACAACAUCCCGUUCUAUCCUGAUGUUUAUAACAUGAGCGGCACCCAGGCACUGGUCGACAAGUAUGGAGACUUCUUCACCCAUGACAAGAGCCCAAGAGCUCAGAUAUUCAAGAGGGAUCAUGAGAAGGUGUUGGACGCCCACACGAUGAUGCAACUGAUGCGAUCCAACGACUUCCAACACGACCCCUUGUCUCGGUGCAACUGCAGUCCACCCUACAGCGCUGAGAAUGCAAUUGCUGCAAGGAACGACCUCAACUUGAUCAACGGUACGUAUCCGUUUGCUGCUUUGAGCCAUCGUUCACAUGGAGCCACAGACGCCAAAGUUACCAACUACAAACUGUCCCAGAGCUUGAGCCUGUGGGCUGUCAGCGGCCCUAGCACCGGGGCUCACCUCCCACCCUUCCGUUGGAGCACUUCCGACUACAACCGUAGUCUGCCUCACCGUGGACACCCCGACUUGUUCAACUUCCAGCCUGUUCUCUUCUCCUGGCCAUCCCAACAACGGACUGACUGAUCUCAUACAUUUGUAUCUUUAUGUACAUAUUGGGCUACAACUGUUGCCUCAUAGGCUUUAAAUAAAAAUAUAUCACUGGAGUGCCUCUAAAAAUAAGAAUCUCCUCCCAAAUCUCA